AUGGCAGCUAAAGCAGGGGACAACCCAGACAGCCUCAUGGCUCUGUCCACGGCCUUCUGCCUAAGGAACCUGAGGAGGACCAUGUGCUACCUGGGAGAAGGGAACAAGCUCUGCCUGCGCUCAGAUGUCUUCCUGCCCAGCGAGAUCUGUGACAAGCUGGUCAACACGUACGUAUAAUUGGGAUUUGAGACAGGUCCUAAUCCUAACGGUCAAUUAAGCAUGUGGCUUGUAAAUAAGUAAGCAGGGUAGGUUAAACACUAUUUUUCGCAGAAUGGUUUGCUUGUUGGUUUGCCUCAUGUUUUACAAUAUGUUGCUAUGGUUUUAUGAGGUGUAAACUAUGAUUUUCGUGAUCAAUCACUUUAUUAGCAGCGGCUUGUGAGCAUUGAUUUGGAUCUGGCAAAAAAUCACAUUGAAAUGAAAAUGCCAACUAUAGUUUAUGAUCUGACAAAUGAUCAAUUUGACCUUAUGUCUUGAAUAAUGAUUACUCUGCUGUUUUAUGUAUCCAUCUUCACAGAUACAUGGAGCUGGUACAUUCGGACAGUAACUUUGAGCCGCAGGACGGCUUCUUCCAGCUGUUCUCGGACCCGCGCAGCACCAGGCUCACCAGGGUGCAGCUGAGGGAGGACCUUGUGCGGGACAUGGACCUGGAGGCCAUUGGGAAACAGGUGGGACGUAGUGGAGAUGGACUAGUCUGAUCCCAGAUCUCUUUGUGCUGUAUAGCCCCUAGAAUUAGGAAUUGGAAUACUACAAUGGACAUGAACCUUCUGGAACUUUGAGGGUUUAUGACAUAGCCCCACUAGGAAUUUAAUACAAUCUCUAUGGAAAAGCCCCUAUGGACCAUAUGAGUUGGCUAGACAGUGCAAACAGAUCAGAGACCAAGCUAUAGGUAGACUGAGUGGCCUAAAAUGCCAUACAGGAAAAACACAGGCAGAAAAGGCAGUUGAGGCACUCAUGGGAUUUCGAGUGAUGGUGAAUUUAUUAAUGUUUUCACCACCACAAGUCUCACGAGUUCCCCUGCUGCCUUCUUGCUUGCCUUUUUCCUGCAAGAAAAAGUGUUUCCUUCUGGAGGGCGUAAAGGCCAAACAACUUGGAGGGCGUUGGAAUGGUUUCUCCAAGCAUCUUAGGCCUAAGCUAACCUCUAUAGGAAUAAGCCAUGAUGAUACCUCCUCUCUAUUCAGGUCAAUACCGCCUUUCAAAUCAGGACCAAAACAACACCCAGAUGCACUGACACAAAAAAGUAAUUAAAGGAAAACUCCACCCAAAAACUAUCUUUUGGUAUUUGUUUCAUUAGUCCAUUGUUGACAAAGUCCCAAAAUGUUUUACUUGUCAACAAUCAAGUUUUCAAGGUAUGUAACUUUCAAAAUACAGAACUCAUCCCCGUAUGAUCCCGCAGCAUCAGAUGAUGCAAAAAUGCAUCAUACGGGGAUGAUUUCUGUAUGUUUGUUCCUCAUACUAAAAAGUACAUACAGUGAGCAAAAUACUAAUGCUAGUAAUUCAACUCUCGUUGAAUAAUGAGAAUUAAUUUGCUCAAAUGUACUAUUUCAUAACAAAAUGUGGUGCAGAACAACUCACUGUAUAAUAAUUGUCAGACACAGAUCGAAAGCACAACUGUCCAGUGUUGACACAUUUAUACUGAACAAAAAUAUAAAUGCAACAAUUCAGUUCAAGUUCAUAUAAGGAAAUCAGUCAAUUGAAAUAAAUUCAUUAGGCCCUAAUUUAUGGAUUUCACAUGACUGGGCAGGGGCGCAGCAAUCAGAAUAUGUUUUCCCCCACAAAAGGUCUUUAUUACAGACAGAAGUACUCCUCAGUUUCAUCAGCUGUCCGGGUGGCUGGUCUCAGACGAUUCCGUAGGUGAAGAAGCCGGAUGUGGAGGUCAUGGGUUGGCGUGGUUACACGUGGUCUGCGGUUGUGAGGCCGGUUGGGCAAACUGCCAAAUUCUCUAAAACGACAUUGGAGGCAGCUUAUGGUAGAGAAAUGAACAUUCAAUUAUCUGGCAACAGCUCUGGUGGACAUUCCAGCAGUCAGCAUGCCACUUGCACUCUCCCUAAAAACUUGAGACAUCUGUUGUGUUGUGUGUGACACAACUGCACAUUUUAGAGUGGCCUUUUAUUGUCCCCAGCACAAGGUGCACCUGUGUAAUGAUCAUGCUGUUUAAUCAGCUUCUUGAUAUUGCACACCUGUCAGGUGGAUGGAUUAUCUUGGCAAAGGAGAAAUGCUCACUAACAGGGAUGUAAACAAAUUUGUGCACAACAUUUGAGAGAAAUAAGGUUUUUGUGCGUAUGGAAAAUUUCUGGAAUCUUGUACUUCAGCUCAUGAAACAUGGGACCAACACUUUACAUGUUGCGUUCAAUAUACAUAGUAAUAAAGCUUGAUGUGAAGGCCUAUCCAUCCUCUGUAAUGGCCAGGGAGACCUUGGUAAAGGACACCAACACCUGUCACUGUGUUUAGGAUAUCUGCUGCCAUUGUGUCAUCACACCCUCCCAACUGGGGGGCAGGGACCAAGUGGUGUCCUGUUUUCACUAAUCACUCUGUAGGCUAAUUCCUUGACAUGCAGGCACCACCAUGGACUUUAUUGGGAAGUUCAGCUACAGGUGUGUCGUGACGUGACCUUUAUUAAUCUGAUGACUGUUAUUUAUCUAAUUAACUAACUAUGUUUAAUUGUUACCCGAUUUUUAAAUAAUCAUGUAACAAUUAACUCUUUCGGAUUUGGGGCACCACGGGAGCGGUUGUUUAAAGAGUUACCAUCUCCCGAAUUAAACUCUAGAAGGUAUAUACCUAUUAUAUAUACAGUUGAAGUCAGAAGUUUACAUACACUUAGGUUGGAGUCAUUAAAACUUGCUUUUCAACCACUCCACAAAUGUCUUGUUAACGAACUAUAGUUUUGGCAAGUCGGUUAGGACAUCUACUUUGUGCACGACGCAAGUAAUUUUUCCAACAAUUGUUUACAGACAGAUUAUUUCACUUAUAAUUCACUCUAUCACAAUUCCAAUGGGUCAGAAGUUUACAUACACUAAGUUGACUGUGCCUUUAAACAGCUUGGAAAAUUCCAGAAAUGAUGUCAUGGUUUUAGAAGCUUCUGAUAGGCUAAUUGACAUAAUUUCAGUCAAUUGGAGGUAUACCUGUGGAUGUAUUUCAAGGCCUACCUUCAAUCUCAGUGCCUCUUUGCUUGACAUCAUGGGAAAAUCUAAAGAAAUCAGCCAAGACCUCAGAAAAGAAAUUGUAGACCUCCACAAGUCUGGUUCAUCCUUGGGAGCAAUUUCCAAACGCCUGAAGGUACCACAUUCAUCUGUACAAACAAUAGUACGCAAGUAUAAACACCAUGGAACCACGCAGCCGUCAUACCGCUCAGGAAGGAGACGCGUUCUGUCUCCUAGAGAUGAACGUACUUUGGUGCGAAAAGUGCAAAUCAAUCCCAGAACAACAGCAAAGGACCUUAUGAAGAUGCUGGAGGAAACAGGUACAAAAGUAUCUAUAUCCACAGUAAAACAAGUCUUAUAUCGACAUAACCUGAAAGGCCGCUCAGCAAGGAAGAAGCCACUGCUCCAAAACUGCCAUAAAAAAGCCAGACUACGGUUUGCAACUGCACAUGGGGACAAAGAUCGAACUGUUUGGCCAUAAUGACCAUUGUUAUGUUUGGAAGAAAAAGGGGGUCGCUUGCAAGCCGAAGAACACCAUCCCAAACAUGAAGUACGGGGGUGGCAGCAUCAUGCUGUGGGGGUGCUUUGCUGCAGGUGGGACUGGUGCGCUUCACAAAAUAGAUGGCAUCAUGAGGAAGGAAAAUGAUGUGGAUAUAUUGAAGCAACAUCUCAAGACAUCAGUCAGGAUGUUAAAGCUUGGUCGCAAAUGGGUCUUCCAAAUGGACAAUGACCCCAAGCAUACUUCCAAAGUUGCGGCAAAAUGGCUUAAGGACAACAAAGUCAAGGUAUUGGAGUGGCCAUCACAAAGCCCUGACCUCAAUCCUAUAGAAAAUGUGUGGGCAGAACUGAAAAAGCGUGUGCGAGCAAGGAGGCCUACAAUCCUGACUCAGUUACACCAGCUCUGUCAGGAGGAAUGGGCCAAAAUUCACCCAACUUAUUGUGGGAAGCUUGUGGAAGUCUACCCGACACGUUUGACCCAAGUUAAACAAUUUAAAGGCAAUGCUACCAAAUACUAAUUAUGAUAUGAUAUGAGUGUAUGUAAACUUCCGCCUUCAACUGUAUAUAACAGUCAACUUAUUAAUCAUAACCUCAUAUCAUAUCAUCAUUCUGAACGUUGUAUCCUCCUUGCAUCUGCAAAAACCCCAGCCUUAAUUAUGAUUCAGCCUACACAAAUUGGUUUAAUUAUUUAUUUACUAGCUAACUAAAUAAUAACACAGGAUAAACAUACAUACACUGUACAGGUUAUUGACUAGAAACUUAAUAAGAUUGAAACAGGUCCCUAGCGGACUGACACAAUAUGACGGCUUGUUACAGAAGAGAUGGAGAGAGGGCAGAGAGGGACAGAGACAUACUACUUUGGUACAUUUAGAAACUACUCUCACAGUAACCAUAUACUUUGCACACGAACUGCCGCCCACUUGGAGUAAGAAAUCAUGAAUGUGUUUACGUGGGAAUGCCUUGGUUCUUCGUUUAUUUCUGUCGGAACCAAGCCUUCUUGGAAAGGGGGUUGGGUGGGCCUUUCCGCGGCCUGCUUGUAAGGCUCUGAUUGUCCACAAGAGGUCACAAUGUCCAUCUUAGUUGUCCAUGGCUGCAAUGACUUGAACAGAACUACAGAAUCGAUUCUUCUUCCCGUCGCUCUUGAAGUUGAGUAUUUGAAGAUGGGCUCGAUGGUCCCGAAUGGGGUGAUGAGAGUAGCGUAGUAUACAAUGAUUUGAAGAGAGUAGUAGAAUGGUCCUACUUAAAUUCACUUUUCUAGAUACUGUACUUAGAACAGCUAAUCAGCCGUACCAGUGGUUGUCCGGGAGGUGACUUAUCGUCUCUACCUAGUGUUGAAAUUCAGGGUUCGAACCACUUUAGACGUGAGCUGCAGCUCGAGUCUUUCUGGUUCCAUAUGUUCCAACCAUUUUUAACGUGUAGCGGCUGCUUCACGUCUUUCUGGUCUAAAAGUUAAUUUCUCUGCCAAGCCUUUAUGCACUCUGGUCUAAAGGGCUGUUCCGUCAUGCUGACACACACUCUGACCUCACUCGGGGCGUGGCAAUUUACUGUGCAAAGUAUUAUGAAAAACAAUUAUCUCAUUAGAAAACUAAAAUCACAUUACUAUCUUAACAAAAAUACUGACAUUUUUCAUAUUAUAUGCUCAACGAAUCAGAUGAAAACCUCAUACAUGUAGUGGGCAUACUUUCCAAGUUACAGUAUUUCCUCCAUAAGGUUUUUAUGACUUCACAAAAUAACAACCCAUAUGACAUUCAUUUCUAUAGAUAGUCUCUGACAAUUCCCCACGUUCUUAUGUUAGAAAUAAUUUUCCAGUAUUCACUUUUUGGACGUUAGAGUUUAGGCGGGAAAAGUCUCUGUAGACAAAGGAACAUUCCUUUCGCCAAUACCGGAGAGGGAGAUCGCUGAAUGUUCUAAUCCUUGAUUUACAACAGGGUGUGAAUUGUCAAAACCCCCACACCAGUUCCCUCCUCCCCUCUGCAGGUGAAAAAGGGGUCUGGUGGGAGUUUAUUCAUUGCAAACCUGAUCUGACCAUUUGCACCACAACAGGACAGCCAUGACAGGUAGCUUAGUGGUUAAGAGCGUAGUGCCAGUAACCGAAAGGUCGCUGGUUCUAAUCCCCGAGCCGACUAGGUGAAAAAUCUGUCUGUGCCCUUGAGCAAGGCACUUAACCCUAAUUGCUCCUGUUAUUUCGCUCUGACUAAAAUUUAAAAAUGUUAACAUAUACAGUGGGGAGAACAAGUAUUUGAUACACUGCCGAUUUUGCAGGUUUUCCUACUUACAAAGCAUGUAGAGGUCUGUAAUUUUUAUCAUAGGUACACUUCAACUGUGAGAGACGGAAUCUAAAACAAAAAUCCAGAAAAUCACAUUGUAUGAUUUUUAAGUAAUUAAUUUGCAUUUUAUUGCAUGACAUAAGUAUUUGAUACAUCAGAAAAGCAGAACUUAAUAUUUGGUACAGAAACCUUUGUUUGCAAUUACAGAGAUCAUACUUUUCCUGUAGGUCUUGACCAGGUUUGCACACACUGCAGCAGGGAUUUUGGCCCACUCCUCUAUACAGACCUUCUCCAGAUCCUUCAGGUUUCGGGGCUGUCGCUGGGCAAUACGGACUUUCAGCUCCCUCCAAAGAUUUUCUAUUGGGUUCAGGUCUGGAGACUGGCUAGGCCACUCCAGGACCUUGAGAUGCUUCUUACGGAGCCACUCCUUAGUUGCCUUGGCUGUGUGUUUCGGGUCAUGUCAUGCUGGAAGACCCAGCCACGACCCAUCUUCAAUGCUCUUACUGAGGGAAGGAGGUUGUUGGCCAAGAUCUCGCAAUACAUGGCCCCAUCUAUCCUCCCCUCAAUACGGUGCAGUCGUCCUGUCCCCUUUGUAGAAAAGCAUCCCCAAAGAGUGAUGUUUCCACCUCCAUGCUUCACGGUUGGGAUGGUGUUCUUGGGGUGGUACUCAUCCUUCUUCUUCCUCCAAACACGGCGAGUGGAGUUUAGACCAAAAAGCUCUAUUUUUGUCUCAUCAGACCACAUGACCUUCUCCCAUUCCUCCUCUGGAUCAUCCAGAUGGUCAUUGGCAAACUUCAGACGGGCCUGGACAUGCGCUGGCUUGAGCAGGGGGACCUUGCGUGCGCUGCAGGAUUUUAAUCCAUGACGGCGUAGUGUGUUUCUAAUGGUUUUCUUUGAGACUGUGGUCCCAGCUGUCUUCAUGUCAUUGACCAGGUCCUGCCGUGUUGUUCUGGGCUGAUCCCUCAACUUCCUCAUGAUCAUUGAUGCCCCACGAGGUGAGAUCUUGCAUGGAGCCCCAGACCGAGGGUGAUUGACCGUCAUCUUGAACUUCUUCCAUUUUCUAAUAAUUGCGCCAACAGUUGUUGCCUUCUCACCAAGCUGCUUGCCUAUUGUCCUGUAGCCCAUCCCAGCCUUGUGCAGGUCUACAAUUUUAUCCCUGAUGUCCUUACACAACUCACUGAUCUUGGCCAUUGUGGAGAGGUUGGAGUCUGUUUGAUUGAGUGUGUGGACAGGUGUCUUUUAUACAGGUAACGAGUUCAAACAGGUGCAGUUAAUACAGGUAAUGAGUGGAGAACAGGAGGGCUUCUUAAAGAAAAACUAACAGGUCUGUGAGAGCCGGAAUUCUUACUGGUUGGUAGGUGAUCAAAUACUUAUGUCAUGCAAUAAAAUGCAAAUUAAUUACUUAAAAAACAUACAAUGUGAUUUUCUGGAUUUUUGUUUUAGAUUCCGUCUCUCACAGUUGAAGUGUACCUAUGAUAAAAAUUACAGACCUCUACAUGCUUUUUAAGUAGGAAAACCUGCAAAAUCGGCAGUGUAUCAAAUACUUGUUCUCCCCACUGUACUAAUGGAGUAGUGUGUUUCCACUGCAGAAGUUGAUAGUAACACAACUAUGAGAAGAUGGGCAGGGGGUAGAUCUUGGGCACAAACCGCCUCAUGUUCGUUCGUGUCACUUCACCUGCUACUGUAUGGCCAGAAUUAAUAAUUGAUACCACAGGUGUCUGCAUCACAUAACGGAGCUCAAAUGAGUCAUACAUUGCCUUCAGGAAGUAUUCAGACCCGUUGACUUUUCCACAUUUUGCUACGUUACAGCCUUAUUCUAAAAUUGAGUCAAUAGUUUUUCCCCCUCAUCAAUCUACACAAAAUACCCCAUAAUGACAAAGCAAAAACAGGUUUUUUAUAAAUUUUUGCUAAUUUAUCAACAAAAAAAACGGAAAUAUCACAUUUACAUAAGUAUUAAGACCCUUUACUCAGUACUUUGUUGAAGCACCUUUGGCAGCGAUUACAGCCUUGAGUCUUCUUGGGUAUGACGCUACAAGCUUGGCACACCUGUAUUUGGGGAGUUUCUCCCAUUCUUCUCUGCAGAUCCUGUCAAGCUCUGUCAGGUUGGAUGGGGAGCGUUGCUGCACAGCUAUUUUCAGGUCUCUCAAGAGAUGUUAGAUCGGGUUCAAGUCCGGAGCGCUGGCUGGGCCACUCAAGGACAUUGAGACUUGUCCCGAAGUCAUUCCUGCGUUGUCUUGGCUGUUUGCUUAGGGUCAUUGUCCUGUUGGAAGGUGAACCUUCGCCCCAGUCUGAGGUCCCUUCUCCCUCGAUUGCUCAGUUUGCCUGGGCGGCCAGCUCUAGGAAGAGUCUUGGUGGUUCCAAACUUCUUCCAUUUAAGAAUGAUGGAGGCCACUGUGUUCUUGGGGACCUUCAAUGCUGCAGGCAUUUUUUGGUACCCUUCCCCAAAUCUGUGCCUCGACACAAUCCUGUCUCGGAGCUCUACGGACAAUUCCUUUGAACUCAUGGCUUGGUUUUUGCUCUGACGUGCACUGUCAACUGUGGGACCUUAUAUAGACAGGUGUGUGCCUUUCCAAAUCAUGUCCAAUCAAUUGAACUUACCACAGGUGGACUCCAAUCAAGUUGUAGAAACAUCUCAAGGAUGAUCAAUGGGAACAGGAUGCACCUGAGCUCAAUUUUGAGUCAUAGCAAAGGGUCUGAAUACUUAUAUAUUUUUUAUACAUUUGCAAAAAAUGUCUAAACCUGUUUUCAAUGUGUCAUUAUGUGGUAUUGUGUGUAGAUUGCUGAGAAAAAAAUAGAUUUCAUUCAAUUUAGAAUAAGGCUGUAACAUAAACUAUAAAAAAUAAAUAGUUCAUUUUCAAACUGCCCCCAUUAUUCUGUAUACACAUAUUAGCAUUUCCUUCAAACUGCCCCCAUUCUUCUGUAUAGGCAUAUUAGCCUUUCCUUCAAACUGCCCCCAUUCUUCUGUAUACGCAUAUUAGCAUUUCCUUCAAACUGCCCCCAUUCUUCUGUAUAGGCAUAUUAGCCUUUCCUUCAAACUGCCCCCAUUCUUCUGUAUAGGCAUAUUAGCAUUUCCUUCAAACUGCCCCCAUUCUUCUGUAUAGGCAUAUUAGCCUUUCCUUCAAACUGCCCCCAUUCUUCUGUAUAGGCAUAUUAGCAUUUCCGCCAAUCAUCAUCAAAAUAAUAAUAAUAAUAAUAAUUAUUAUUAUGAUGAUGAAACCAAUCCGGGCCUUUCAGAUCUUGGAGGGGGUUAUAGCGCCUAGUGGUAGAGGUUAGGGCAGGGGUGGGCAAACCUUUUGGCUCAAGGGCCACAUUAAGUUUUUGAAACCAAGUGAAGGGCCACAUACUAUAUGCGUGACAAAACAUGUGAAGCCUUUAUUCAUUUUCACAUUGACACGCAACUACUAGUGUACUGUAGGUGUACAUAUGCUUGCAGAACAAUUCUACCCUUGUACCAUCUCUACCCUUGUUCUUUGUGCAUUUUUCACAAUUGAUGUAAUUUAUAACAUCACAGACAAUCAAACACACACAGAUCCUGCAUCUCUACCCUUGUAAAGUACAAUCAAACUUAGUCACAAUAUGCUAACUUUAAAAUAGAUAUAUAUUAUAUGACUGGAGACAUGCAAAAUGUAAAAGCAUAAUCCUUGCCUACCCCAGUCACGGUUAUUCAAGUCUUAAUGUGAACAAUGGGGCUGGUCACCUCUCUUGGCAAGGGCAUCGAAGUCUGGUGUCAUCUUUGAUGUAGAGAUUCUCAGAACAGCUGACAAGUGGUCAUUUGUUAAAUUUGACCUGUGACGGAAUUUGUUUUAAUUCAUGACAGAACGUUUGUUCACACACAUAUGUGGACCCGAAUAAAACAAGCAUCCUUUGGGCGUGCUUUUUAAAGUUUGGAAACUUUGUUUCAUUCAGUGAGCCAUAGAACUGGUCUAUUGUUGCUGUUUUGUACUUCUCCUUCAAAGCACUGUCACAUUGGAUGUCGAUGAACUCCAAUUGUGUGUCUGGUGGUGCUUUCUCACUGUCAAGCUCCAGCUCAGUCUCAAUUUUGGUGAAGUCUGAGAUGUGGCGGGAAAACUCUGCAUGCAGGUUGAUGAAAAGUGCUACUGUAUGUCUCAGUGCGGCACUGCGAUGUGGGUGUGUUCAGUGCAGCCAGUGUCAGAAAAUGAGCGAGAGACCGGCUGCUCAUUUGUCUGGAGAACAACACAAGUUUGGCCUUGAAUGCUUUCACGUUGGAAUACAAUUCAUGCACAGUUUCACAUUUAGAUGGUUCAGAUGUCCCAAAAUGUCCACACUGAAACCAAAGUCGCCCAGCCAGUCUGUGUCUUUCAACUCUGAGAAGUCGUCAGCUUUACCGACCGUAUCAAGGAACAUUCCUAUCUCCCCUGUCAGUUCCCACACUGCGAAAUACUUUUCCCAGGCUUAGCCAGCGCACAUUUGAAUGGUACAACAAGUCCUGGUGCUCUGCCUCUGUGUCAUUGAGCAGCUGAAUGAACAGACGAUGGUCAAGCCCCCUUGCCCGUAUAAAGUUGACAAGUUUUACAACCACUUUGACAAAUUUUUCCAGCUUUAACACACUUUUACACAGGGCUUCCUGAUUAAUAAUACAGUGAAUAAAUAUCAAUUCCUCUGAGUUAGGGCUUUCUUCUUUUACUUUCUUGUAAUCUUUUUAGUAGGCCAAUGUUUUUACCGGUUAGAUUUGGUGAUCCAGUGUCAGUUUGCUCCACGGUAGAUUCCUUUUUUCCAAGCAGGCAGACACCCUGUCAUAGAAGUCAGAGUCCCUGGUUGUUCCCAUCAUUCAGAGUCCACUUUUCUCAUUUUAGCAGCACUCAUUUUUCACGUCAAAAGUCAUCAAGCAAUGAAGUGGCUAUGAUGACUGAGUGCAUUCUGAAUCUGACUGUAGGCCCAAAUACAGAGCGCGCUGCCAGGCUACAGCGCCAUCUAUUGGAGGUUGUUUGUGUAUCAUGGAAUGAGUAAUUUUAGGCCAAAGAUUGUAACUCAAAUAUAAUAGUAUUUAAUACAUUUCAAAAAUGUCUCGCGGGCCGGAUUGAAGUGCCCGGCGGGCCAUACUUUGCCCCAACUUGGGUUAGGGCCAUGUGUUCAAGCCAUAUAUAUGCUAUUCACUUACAACCUUUUUAGAAGGCACACACACACACUGCCUAGACUAAAUGCUGUGUGUGUCUCACUCGCACGCACAUAUACUCACAGGUACUUAUAAAAGGUCAAUUGGCCCUUCACCAGUAUUGAAGCUGUUCAGUGUGUCUGUCUCUCUCUGUGUGGAUGGGUUCCAUCUAGUCAUGCACACAGGCCCUGGGGGGAGGAGAUGGAGAGCUCUUUUACAUUCCUUCUUUAAUGGCGGUGAACAUUGCUCUCCCAUAAACUGGCUUUCACUUUCCGCAUGUGUCUAGAACACUUUUCUGUGAAAUGACUGGAGACUUUUCAACAAUUGAAGGCACAAACCAUACAAAUGUAUUUUUCUGAAUACACACAAGUCCGACGGUAUAAUGUAGUUAUACAGCCAUUUUGAGUCAGUUGAUAUGUUGCUACAUAGAUAUGUUAUAAGCCUUAUUUAAUGGCAUUAUAAAGGCAUGUAAAUGCUUACAAUAAGUGGCAUAUACUGUUAUUAUAUACCUGCAGGCUUUAGGCAAAGUGUUACCAAACGGAUCAAUGUUGCCUUUCUACAUGACCAAUUCGGGGGAAACAAAUCAAGAGUUUAUUUGUCACAUGCACAGGAUACAGCAGGUGUAAACAGUGCAGUGAAAUGCUGACUAGCAAGCUCUUCCUCAGCGAUGUGCAGUAUUCAGUAUCAAAGGUAAAUAAAUAGAAAAUCCAGAAUAGGAUCACUUAAAAAGAGCAUGGAAUCAAUACUAGGUCAGGUAACAUUUUUAGAAACACACAUGAAUAUCCGCUAUAUACAAGGUCAGUACCACAUAGGCUAAACAAUGAAACUGUGACAUUCAACAUGUUUGAUUUGAACUGACGAUGCCCCCAGGACUUGAUAGAGCUUCACCUCACCUACUGCAACAGCCUAUCAGCGCGCAGCCUAAAGACUCUGGCCAGCUUCCGCCAGACCCUGGUCUCCCUCAGCCUGUUCGGCUGCAGCCACAUCUUCUACCGCAAGGGUGGCGCCCCGCUGGCGUGCAACGAGGACGACGAGGAAGAGGCGGAGCGGCCGGCCUCCAGACAGGCGCUGGACACAGACUUCAGCUUCCAGGGCUUCAACCGGCUGCGGCUGCUCAACCUGGGGGGUCUGCCUGAAGAGGUGGACCCCGAGGCCCUGCUCAAGCCCCUGCCGGCCCUCAACUCUCUGGACCUGUCCGGGGUGCAGCUGCCCAGGGCUGCCUUCCUGGCCCAGUGGAAGGAGAGGCUGGCCUCGCUGGUGCUUUACAACGUGGACCUGUCAGAGGAGCUGGUCAACACAGUGGUGGAGCUGGGACACCUCAGGUGAGCUGGGAGGGGCAGGGUUUAGUCUUGGUACAGUAACUGGGUAAAAUAAACUGGUUUUUCUUUCGGGCCCCUUGGUUCUGGAAUAACCAUCAGAAUUUGCUUGAUUUAGAAAGUUGAGAAGUUGAGAGUUCAAGAUAUGCUGCCCGAUACUGUGUGUAAUUGUUUUCAGUCUAGUAGACCAUGGCUAGGUGAUAAUUACAGAUGUACGGUUUUGAGCAAUAAUUGAUCAUCAAGAACUGUUAAUCUGUUAAUAACUCAGUUAAUAACUCUCAACUUCUCAACUUGAAUUCUCUAAAUUAAGUAAACAUCACUCUUUGUGCAGUAGGUUUGUACCAUGUUCUGUACCCUUCUCUCUUUGUGUUCCCCAGGCAUCUGGAUAUCUCCCGAGAGCGCACCUCCAAGUUCAAAAUGACCCGUAAGAUCCUGACGGCCAUCGUGCAGGGCCUGGUCAACCUGGUGUCAUUGGACAUCUCAGGCCACAUCAUGCUGGACAACUGCACAGUCCCACACCUGGAGGAGGCCAUGGGACGUCCAAGGUGAGCCACUUGUGUCUAUUUAGUCCUUAUGAAGACUUUAUAUAUGCUAUACGUUCUGACUUUUGUUGCUAAAACUAUGUCAUGUAGAGUGGGGAGAACAAGUAUUUGAUACACUUCCGAUUUUGCAGGUUUUCCUACUUACGAAGCAUGUAGAGGUCUGUAAUUUUUAUCAUAGGUACACUUCAACUGUGAGAGACGGAAUCUAAAAAAUCAAAAAAUCCAGAAAAUCACAUUGUAUGAUUUUUAAGUAAUUAAUUUGCAUUUUAUUGCAUGACAUAAGUAUUUGAUACAUCAGCAAAGCAGAUCUUAAUAUUUGGUACAGAAACCUUUGUUUGCAAUUACAGAGAUCAUACGUUUCCUGUAGGUCUUGACCAGGUUUGCACACACUGCAGCAGGGAUUUUGGCCCACUCAUACAGACCUUCUCCAGAUCCUUCAGGUUUCGGGGCUGUCGCUGGGCAAUACGGACUUUCAGCUCCCUCCAAAGAUUUUCUAUUGGGUUCAGGUCUGGAGACUGGCUAGGCCACUCCAGGACCUUGAGAUGCUUCUUACGGAGCCACUCCUUAGUUGCCCUGGCUGUGUGUUUCGGGUCGUUGUCAUGCUGGAAGAACCAGCCAUGACCCAUCUUCAAUGCUCUUACUGAGGGAAGGAGGUUGUUGGCCAAGAUCUCGCGAUACAUGGCCCCAUCCAUCCUCCCCUCAAUACGGUGCAGUCGUCCUGUCCCCUUUGCAGAAAAGCAUCCCCAAAGAAUGAUGUUUCCACCUCCAUGCUUCACGGUUGGGAUGGUGUUCUUGAGGUUGUACUCAUCCUUCUUCUUCCUCCAAACACGGCGAGUGGAGUUUAGACCAAAAAGCUCUAUUUUUGUCUCAUCAGACCACAUGACCUUCUCCUAUUCCUCCUCUGGAUCAUCCAGAUGGUCAUUGGCAAACUUCAGACGGGCCUGGACAUGCGCUGGCUUGAGCAGGGGGACCUUGCAUGCGCUGCAGGAUUUUAAUCCAUGACGGCGUAGUGUGUUACUAAUGGUUUUCUUUGAGACUGUGGUCCCAGCUCUCUUCAGGUCAUUGACCAGGUCCUGCCGUGUAGUUCUGGGCUGAUCCCUCACCUUCCUCAUGAUCAUUGAUGCCCCACAAGGUGAGAUCUUGCAUGGAGCCCCAGACCGAGGGUGAUUGACCGUCAUCUUGAACUUCUUCCAUUUUCUAAUAAUUGCGCCAACAGUUGUUGCCUUCUCACCAAGCUGCUUGCCUAUUGUGGCCUCUGGUGGUCCUCUGUAGCUCAGCUGGUAGAGCACGGCGCUUGUAACGCCAAGGUAGUGGGUUCGAUCCCCGGGACCACCCAUACACAAAAAUGUAUGCACGCACGACUGUAAGUCGCUUUGGAUAAAAGCGUCUGCUAAAUGGCAUAUUAUUAUUAUUAUUAUUAUUAUUAUUAUUAUUAUUAUUGUCCUGUAGCCCAUCCCAGCCUUGUGCAGGUCUACAAUUUUAUCCCUGAUGUCCUUACACAGCUCUCUGGUCUUGGCCAUUGUGGAGAGGUUGGAGUCUGUUUGAUUGAGUGUGUGGACAGGUGUCUUUUAUACAGGUAACGAGUUCAAACAGGUGCAGUUAAUACAGGUAAUGAGUGGAGAACAGGAGGGCUUCUUAAAGAAAAACUAACAGGUCUGUGAGAGAUGGAAUUCUUACUGGUUGGUAGGUGAUCAAAUACUUAUGUCAUGCAAUAAAAUGCAAAUUAAUUACUUUAAAAUCAUACAAUGUGAUUUUCUGGAUUUUUGAUUUUUUUGAUUCCGUCUCUCACAGUUGAAGUGUACCUAUGAUAAAAAUUACAGACCUCUACAUGCUUUGUAAGUAGGAAAACCUGCAAAAUCAGCAGUGUAUCAAAUACUUGUUCUCCCCACUGUAAAUAGUAGGACUGGUUGAUGUAAUCUCUCUUUCUAAAAAUAUGUGUAUAUUUCCCAUGUUAUGUAAAUAUGACAUCUCUCUUUUUAAUUUUAAUUUUAUUUUUAGCAUUGAGCCCUGCAAGAGCAGCAUCUACCCUUUCCAGGAGCUGAAGAGGCCUCUGCAGUUUCUGGGGCUCUACAACACCACCCUUUGUAAUGUGACGCACAUCCCUGCGUACAAGGUAAAGUUAGAGCAGGGGUUUCCAACUCCCAUCCUGGAGAGCUACUGGCGGUGCUGGCUUUUGCUCCAGCCCAUCACUAACAUAAAAUUAAUCAGAAUAGUCAACUAAUCAAGGUCUUGGGCUUGUGUUAUUGUGUUAUUAUAGGGCUGGAACAAACGUUAGAGCAAGGUUCGACCAAAAACCUGCAAACCCAGUAGCUUUCAUGUCUCUUGUGCCAACCCGUGUCUGUGCGUAUAUGCAUCACUUCUAUUGUGUCCCUGUUCAGGUCACAGGCUCCAAGAAUGAAGACCAGGUCCUGAAUGCCAUCGAGGCCUACACAGAGUUCCGCCCGGAGUUGGCCCACCGAGCAAUCAACCAGCUGUUUGACAUCGCCAGGAUACAGCACUGCAGCCAGCUACUGCGGGCACUUCAGGUUAGGGACCUUUUUGGUUUAAAUGAAAGUGUCUGAAAAUGAAACCUCCUUCAAUGGUUUAGAAAGGGUGCUUGACCACAAAGUGGAAAGUCUCUUUCAUUUUGAUACUGUAGGAUCCCAUUUCUGACACCAAUAAAGUUGAAAAACUGCUAGCUGUACUUUCAUUUAUUUGACCGAGUUAUAGUUACCUCUCAAGGUUCAUUAUCAAUUUAUCCCGUCUGUCUUGUCGUGAUCCCCCCCAGCUGGUGAUUGCUGCGCUGAAGUGCCAUAAGUACGAAAAGAGCGUCCAGGUGACAGGCAGCGCGGCCCUCUUCUACCUGACCAACACUGAGUACCGCAGUGACCAGAGCAUGAGGCUACGCCGGCAGGUCAUCCAGGUGGUGCUCAACGGCAUGGAGCAGUACCAAGAGGUCACGGUAAGGUCAAGUCUCUCCCAUCAGUGAAACUGCAAAGUUAAUUCCCUUCACAAAUUUAAAAGGACUGGAUUGGUAUGUAUUAGGGCUGAAGGAGUUUAAUCUUAGGGGUGUGCCGAGUACUCGGGCAAAAGGAGUAUUGUAAAAAGUAUAUGGGUACAAUUAUGAUCGGAGCAGCACGCAUCUUUCUCAUGAAAUGUGCUCUAAAUAAUUCAACUGGCUAGUUCUGCUGUCCGUAAAGAAAUGGCUGGCUGUAGCUUGAUUCUGCUGCUACGAUUGGAUAGAGUAAAGCUGUAUCGCCGUUCACUCGCUUCAUAAUUUCACCGGUCACUUCUCCUUGCAUGUAUUGGUCCGAACAUUUAGAUAAAUGCUGCUAGUCUGCUACUAAAUCAAUUGGUGAGGACCUUUGCUAGCAAGCUAUCAAUGUGUAUAAUGUCUUACAACUAGAGUGACUGUAGGAAAAUAACAUGGUGCGCGUUCUUGAUGACAGAAAACUUGUCUUCCCGCUGCAAGUUUUGAGAACACACAGACACACACACACGUCGGCAGCUCCUGAUCAGCAGCUUUCUUGAUCUAUAAAAGUGCAGGGGGACUAUAAGCUAUAUUUGUAACCUCUAUUUUGGCAUUUAAAACACUUUUUUCAGAUCACAAGUGUCAUCUGAUCUAUCAACUGUCAAUUUACGAAUACGAUUACGAGUAUGGCAAGAUCGGCACACCCCUAGUUUAAACCGUAUUCCUCACUCCCAUUCCCCCUUUCCACCCUUCCAUCCCCCUCGUCUCCCUCCCCCUUCCUCCCCCCAGGUCCAGAGGAACUGCUGCCUGACGCUGUGUAACUUCAGCAUCCCCGAGGAGCUGGAGUUCCAAUACGGCCGGGUCAACCUGCUGCUGCUGAAGAUCCUGGAGCCGGCCCGGCAGGACGAGUCCAUCCAGCGCAUUGCCGUGCACCUCUGCAACGCCCUGGUCUGCCAAGUGGACAACCACCACAAGGAGGCUGUGGGCAAGAUGGGCUUCGUCAAGGUAGGAGAGACUGCUAUUUUGUUUGAUAUAGAUCAACAAUCAAACACUUACACACUUGUACAUUGCACACAAGAUGGGCUUUGUCAAGGUAGGAGAGACUCACAUUGAUAGCCGUAACCUUAUGCACAAAUUGGUACACUUGUCUCUUACACACAUUCCAGGGUUUCCCUUAGGAAAAUGUGGUGCUGGACAUUUGACCGGCAGCAUUUUAAUUUACUGGACAUUUGAGAGAUUUACCGGACCCAUAUGCAUUGGAAUGCGUAACCUGAUCAGGCCGUCCACCCAUAGUGUUCAGAAUGAUAGAAAUCACAUUUAGAUUAUGGUAAUUCAUAUUAACAGAACAUGCAAGUCGAGGGUGCAACGAUGUGCGGUCCUUCUUACUGAAUUCUGAUGUGCACUUUGAAGAUGUUAGAAUAACUGUCCACAUUUACUUUUCCUCAGCCAACAAGAUGAGUAACGAACCGCAAAAUCACCAGCCUAUGUCAAUCUACUAUCCCCCAUAGUAGAAAAGUUGACCUAUUCUAUUGGUCAGCUUAUCGAGAAAGAAAUAGCCUAUUCCAAACAGACUCUGGGACAGUUGUGGGACGAUCCCAAAUUCAUCCAACCAGUAGGCCUAGGCUCCAUAAAAAAAAACGUUAAAAAGCAAUGAGUCUGAUGCAACAGAUCAGAACGUUUAGCUUCAAAUGUUGAAGUGCAGCAAUGCACAUAAGAGAGUAGGCUGCACACAAAUGUUCAUUCCAUAAUGCAAUUAGCGGGAAAACUCUGUUGUCAAAAGCGCAUGGCACAUGCAAGCGGUUUCAUGUGACAGAGACAAAAAUGUAGAAAGAGAGGAGAUCUAAUAUGCAACAACUAGCAUGGGUUGCUGAUAUAACUAGGAUUGGGCCUUUGGCUACUGGACAAUGAAAGAAAGUUUAUAUAAAAUAAUUGCCUCCACGGAUAUGGUCUGAUUUUGGCUAGGCUACUUUGAAGCAAGGUAAGACAUGCCUCAUAAUAUGUAUUAAAAUGUUCAGGUUUCAAACAAUGAAGUAUAUGUUUUCAAAAUGCAUACUGCCUCCAGCUCAUUGUAAAGUGGUGUGUGAGGCGCUGAUGAAGCCUGUCUUCCGUUGACUAUGUUUAGUGUUGGAGAUGCAGCAGCUCUCAGCUGUCUGACCGAUUUUCCACUCAAAGGCUCUGUAUCUGUAUGCGUGUGAUAAAUAAGAUACAUAAUGAAUAUACUGCACACAUGCACCAAUUUAAUUCCACUACAUGGACUGGUGUUUCCAUCAGUGAAGAGGCUAAAAAGCAGAUUUAUUCUUCUUCUCCCGGACAAUUAGCCAGCGGCAAUUUUAUUUAUCGGCUUUUCAAUUUUUUAUCUGCCAAAAGCUGGCUAUUACCGGCUAACGGAAACCCUGACGCAUUCGUACAUUCUCUCACUCUCUCACACACACACAGUACACACACACACACACACACACACAGGUCAUUGAUAUGUUGUGUGAAGUCAUCUCGUGUUAUUUCUUUUUUUCUUCAGACAAUGUUGAAUCUGAUACAGAAAAAGCUACAGGACAGGACGGUGAGUCUCGUUUUGAUUCUUUCUUGUGAAUCAAAAAUCGUGCAGAUUUUUUUAACAUCCCUACCAUUCCACAAGUACAGACUCCUUCCUACAUCUCGUCUGAAAUGACCUCAAAGAACCUGCAAACUGGAUUGAGCCACAUCACAAUCAGAUUGUCAUGAGUCUUAGCUCAUUCCAGACCUAAUAGUAUUUUGACAUGCAACCCUUAAGAAAACAUUGCAUGUGUUAAGCCAAUUCAAGUGUACUGUCUAGAACGGCAUUGCCUGGCUAACUGAUGAGUCUACCUAGAGGUCACUUUGGAUAAAAAUGAAUGCCACCUUCAUUUUGUUUAUCUUUCUACAGUGUGACCAGGUGAUGGAGUUCUCCUGGAGCGCGCUGUGGAACAUCACUGACGAGACGCCAGACAACUGUCAGAUGUUCCUCAACUGUAGGGGCAUGAGCCUCUUCCUGGACUGCCUGAAGGUUAGCUAGGGCAUCUCACCUUUUCAUAACCACCAAGUGAUUUGUUAAAAUAUACAAUCAAUGUACUCCAUCUGAAAUGAAAUAAAUAAAAUUCCUUCUCCCAUCAUGCAGUGCUUGCUUGUGUCUCAACCUUUUUUGUCCUUCACUGCCUCUCAGGAGUUUCCAGACAAGCAGGAGCUCCACCGUAACAUGCUGGGGCUGCUGGGUAAUGUGGCAGAAGUGAGGGCUCUGCGGCCACAACUCCUCACCCCACAGUUCAUCUCUGUCUUCAGGUAAGAGAAUGUCCUUUGUCUAUAUUGAAUGGUUAAACUGAUCCUGCUGCUAUCUUGGACCAGGGGCCGUGUGUAUCAAGCGUCUCAGAGUAGAAGGGCUGAUUUAGGAUUAGUUUUGCCUUUUGGAUCACAAUGAAUAAGAUUACAUGGACGGGGGGGGGGGGGGGGGGGCCUGAUCCUGAUCCUGAUCCUAGAUCAGUACUCCUACUCUGAGACACUUGAUACAUACGGUCCCAGAUCUGUCUUGCAAUAUAGAUUUGAUCUCAUUGAGACUAACUUGGAUAAAUAAAGCUGGAUUCUGACUGUUCUCUGGUGACAGUGACCUGCUGGACAGCAAGGCGGAUGGGAUCGAGGUGUCCUAUAACGCGUGUGGGGUGCUGUCCCACAUCGUGUUUGAUGGGCCAGAGGCAUGGGGCAUGGAGGAGCCACUGAGGGACACGGUCAUGGACAAGAUGAUGGCUGCUAUCCAGAGCUGGGAUGUGACCUCCCGCCGGAAUAUCAACUACAGGUAAACAGAGAACUCAAUGGAGAUGAGUCUCUGGAGACAGUUACAAAUGUCACCUUGAUCCCAACUACAAUUGGAUAUAUCCUCAGAAAAUGAUCAAAGUAGAUUGUCUGGAAAAUAUUUAACUAUUGCUGAACUUCUCCAACAGACCUGUAAUGCAACCUUUUAGAUGUGCGAGUGCAUUUCACUUUUCAUGUAUACAUUUUCAGAAUUAACACUUGAAUUAACGCUCACAUCUUCUGAAUUAAUUAUUGAAUGAACACUCACAUUUUGGGAAUUAACACUCCCUCCCCUUUUCUGUUCAGAUCCUUUGAGCCUAUCCUGCGCCUGCUGCCCCAGAGCAUUGCCCCAGUCAGUCAGCACUGGGCCACAUGGGCACUCUUCAACCUGGUGUCAGUCUACCGUGAGUAUCGAUACAAAGACCAAUCCCACUUCUGACACCAGUAAGCGAGUUGCCAGGUAAAACCGCUUAUUGGUGUCAGCGGUGGGACCAGUCUUUGCCACACUGUAUCAAUUUGAGAGACUGCCGAGGUCAGUUAUUUCAUUAAUGUUUAUUACAUUUUACAUUUUAGUCAUUUAGCAGACGCUCUUAUCCAGAGCGACUUACAGUUAAUGAGUGCAUACAUUUUCAUACUGAAAAUGUAUUUAUUGUUGCAUUAUUAAUAUAAUAAUUGUGGAUUCACUUUUGGAGUAUUCGUUUUUCAAGAGAAUACAGCCCACUGCCCACACUUUGCCACUCAUCAGGGAAAGAUCUCUGCUUUAUAGUAAAACAUUAUUCUCCCUUAUUUUGUUCCUUUCCUCCCUCAGCGAGUAAGUACUGCCCUCUGCUGGUAAAGGAAGGAGGGAUCGUUCUCCUGGAGAAGGUGCUGCAGCUCCAGACAUCACACGAAGAGACCAAGGACAUGGCGCGGUAUGACCUCACCUAUUAACCCACCCGACCUUUGACCUGAUCAUCAUUUUAGAACCAAUGCGAUAUUUAUGGAGAUGUUGAUCAUUUUGGGGUCUCUUACAUUGCAUUUACUUUCAUUUAAAGUAAUGAAUUGAAAUGUAGUUAAUAAAUUGAGGACUGCCCUAAUCCCCCUUCCCUUAAUUUAUAUAUUGACUUGAAUUCGAAUGGAAUGGAGCCCAAACUGUGUGAACUAAAUGAAAUUGCUGACUCCUCCCUCCCUCUGUUUCAGGAAAGUGAUGGAGCAGUGUGAGAACUUCAAAGAAGACCCCAUGGAAACGGCGAGGUAGACGACGAUCAGCAGAGGUCGACGUCAGGGGAGCAACACCGCUAAACAAACAAAAAGGCAAAACUUCAUAGGAACCCUUCACUAUCUUCUCACCACGAGGGUCAAUUGUGUGCAUCGAUUUACUGUAGAGCAGAGCAACAGUUUUUUGCCUCUCGGCCAGGCUUUCUGGACAGAACCUUGUUAUGCGACACUAUUAGGAAGUUGAGAUAUGGUGCACAGAGUUGGUGUGUGUGUUUUUAUUUGUGUUGCACAUGAUAAGCAUCAUUUGUAUAAUGGAUUUGUGUUCUCUUAUUGGUUUGUUUUGCUUUUUUUUUUGGCGUGCGUGCUUGUCCUCGUUUCAGUGUGAGCACGCCAGAGUGCGUGUGUGUGAGCGUGCUAGAGUGGGUGUAAUGAGUGUGUGUCUGUAUGGAAGGACGUAUGUGUUUAUAAUAAGGAUCAAAACACUGGGGAGAUGUUUGUCUGUCUCUCCCGUUAGUCUCUUCUAUCGGGUCUAGUGAGAGGCCCUCCAUUACAUAAGCUGAGUUUCCAACACAGCAUCAUCAGAGAACAUAAUGCCCAUCAUGCUCCUUCUUAGAAUCCUCGGUCCUCUCAGCGAUUUCUGACAGAGAAAUUCUAAAUGGAUGACGCCAUGAGGUGUGGAAGGUGGGUUAGUUUUGUCCCAUGCAGCACUGAUCUGUGGACAGUUGAUAUUGCGCAGUGAAGUUGCUAUCUCUGUGGAGGCCUCUACAUCCCAUACUGAUUGAGAGCUUAACCUUGGAGUGUAACCAUGACGAUGACCCCAGCAGAAGUCUUCCUAGAUCCUGUGGCAUGGGGAAGGACUUCGUUUUGUUUUUCGUUGUAGAUAUUUGGAGUUGUCUGUCCCAUCUUUGUUUCUGUCUGUCUGUUUUUAUGAUAUAUGAUUAUAAACACUCCUAUGAUUUAAUCUGUACAUCUAGGCUUGGUUCCCAAUUCUUUACAUACAGGUAACUGCCAAA